AUGCCAGACACGCCAGGCGUGCGCCAAUGGAUGACAGAAGCCAACCUCAACGACAUGCAGCAAAAGCCCUACCAAAAGUACAUCAAAAUAGUCGACCCGACCACAAAGGAUGCAACAGGCCAGCCCCGACUAGCAGCCUACGCCAAAUGGGAUCUCUCCAUGCCCGACCAGCGCGGCCCUCGCUUCCCCCCUUGGCAUGCCGACCAGCCGAGUCAGGAUUGCAAUGCGUUCUUUGGGAAGCUGGAGGAUGAUCGUAAGCGUGUGAUGGGUGAUCGGAAACAUUACUAUCUUGAUAUGCUCGGUACACACCCCGACUACCGUGGUCGCGGAGCUGGCUCUGCGCUUGUGCAGUGGGGAUGCGAUAUUGCCGAUCGCGAGGGUGAUGGUGCUUAUGUUGAUGCUAGUAAGGCUGGUGCGCCACUGUAUGAGAGGCAUGGGUUUGUCGAUCUCAGUGACCCCGCAACACCGGGUGAUACGGCUUCUAUGGGACGACUUUAA